UCAUUCUUCAUGCACGUUUGUCUCAUCGUAAUACAUUUUUACUGAAAUUAAACGCGUGAUUCCAUCGUGAUGCUUUAGGACUAUCGCAUCAUGGCGAAAAAAACUAUUUCCACCAAAAAGUCUUUAAAGAGCUUGUUUUCUAAAAGUGAAGCGAAUCUCAAAGAGUCUGUGGAGAAAGAUGACAGCGGAAAGGGCAUAAAACUCAAUUUCUUUAAAUGGAAGAAAAAGAGGAAAACUGAGAGCGCAACAGACAUCUCCGAGAAGAACGUACAGUUUUCAAGAACAGAGCCUGCCACAUUGGAAGUUUGUGAAGGUCAGGAUGAAGAGAAGGGGUCUGGACACAAGCCAUCUCUAUUUGGCACUGCCCCCAGGUCAAAGAAAGGGCUGCUCAGUUACUCUGAGAGUGACCUUCGUAAACCCAAGAGCUUUGGCACAUUUCAUCUGGGCUGGAAGAAGAAAAGGAAAAGAGAUCUAGCCCAGAGCCUUUCAAGUGUCCCAGGUGCAGUCCCAGGUGUCAAAGGUCACAUCAGCGAACAUGAGGAAUUUGAGGAGCAGGUAGAAAAAGAACUAACCCUACUACACCAUCAGGACGGUUUCCAGGUUGUUGAGGCUACACCUGUUUCUAAAGCACUCCCUCGUAUAGCUAACCAGUCGCAGCCCCUGGAUAUCAUGAGUGACAUGUUUUUGCCCAAUGAUGAGGGCCGACUAGAGGAUGCUGUCCUUGCUGCUGGUGGUUUUAUGCCGCCCCAUGUUGACAGUUCAUUGAUACCGUAUAUUGACUCUUCAGUCUCUGAUAGUGAUGGUUACCAGACACCCCCAGAGAGCCCUGUACCAAAUUAUCUCUCAUUUGAUUACACAGCUGCCCAAGCUGUGACUAGAGAAUACCCAGCCCCUGCUGAAAGUUAUAUAACUGACUCUUCCAGAACCUUUUCUAGACGUCAGGCUACAUUUGCUCAAAUGGAUGAUCAUGAACCUGUAAUUAUUACAGACACUCUGAAAAUUGCAGAGUUCUCUCCUCUGAACACUGAACAUGUUGAAGCAGUGUUCAGCAGUACAUAUUCAGCUGCAAAUCCAACUGCCACUGCUGUAGAUAGAUCUAUUCAGUACUCCAGCUCUGUGCUGUUUUGCACUUCAGAGGCAAAGCAUGAGGCAAUGCAUGAUAUCACAGACUCAGUCAGUCGUGUUCCUAAAAUGGAAACUACAGCAAAUUCUGACACCUGUUCUGUUGAUAAUUCAAAUACAGGGGUACAUCUGAACUUGAAUUGUGUUUCUGGUAGGGAUGAUAAUUCACUCUUUUACUCCAAUUCUGAGACCCAUAAAUCAGGGAUUACAGCAGACGUGGAGGUUAAAACCUUCACCACAGACAUUGCUCCCAACAUAAAUACAUUGAUUACUCCGGAAGAGUCUUACCUGGACUGCAACCAAUCAAAGGAUGUAACCUCUACCAUCAACCAGAGUUCCUUUUCCUCCAACCCCAACAGUACACUGUCUUCCAUCCUUGAUUGUUCUAGCUCUUCCAUCCACCAAAGUUCCAACUACUCCAUCUCCCAGAGUUCUGAUUUUGAGACACCUGAAUCAGCUAUUACAGCAGAUGUUGUGGUCAAAACCUUCACCACAGACAUUGCCUCUUACACAAACACAAUGAUGUCUCCGAAAGAUUUAUACAUGGACUGCAAGGUAUCAAAGGAUGUGACCUCUUCCAUCCCCCAGAGUUCUUUAUCUUCCAUCCACCAGAGUUCCAUCUCUAUCUCCCAGAGUUUUGAUUCUGUGACAACUGAAUCGACUUCUACAGCAAAUGUUGAGGUAAAAACCUUCACCACAGACACUGACCCCAACAUAGACCCAAUGAUUACUCAGAAAGAGUCAUACCUGGACUGCAACAAAUCAAAGGAUGUAAUCUCUACCACCCCCCAAAAUUCUAUAUCUUCCCUUCCCCAGAGUUCCUUGUUUUCCAUCCACCAGAGUUAUUUUCCUUUCAUCCCUCAAAGUUCCAACUUUUCAAUCCCCCUGAGUUCCAGCUCUUCUAUCCUCCAGAGUACCACGUCUUCUAUCCCUCCAAUGUCCACCUCUGUCAUCCCAGAGAGUUUCACUUCAAACUCAAACAAUGUCAUCUCCCGAAUUCCAACCUCAAAAUUUGAUUCUGACUCUAAAUUGCUUUCUAACAUUCAACCAAAUUAUAUUAUAUCUACUGAGGCAGAAGUCUUUAAAACCAGCCCUGUAGAUAACAGGGAUUUGUUUGUCACCAACAGUGAUAUAUUGGUCAACAACACUGACCCACACAUCAGAUCUGACCUCAGUAUCACUACAAAUACCAGCAAACCCAUUUCUGUUUCAUCCAUGCCAGAUGUAAUAGUGUCUAGCUCUGUGUCUUCCUCCAGUAACAUAGAAAACAGUGUGGAUGCUGACACUGAUACCAAGCUUAUUUCAUCUUUCUGCAAUGCUGAUGUAUCAGCAUUAAGCUCAGUUCACUGCAAUUUACUGGUAGGACAUUACACUCCUGCUUCAAGUUCACUGGAACAAACUUGCUCUGAUAAUAAUAGCAAGAUAAUUUUAAUGGAAUCUCCUCAAACAGCCAAUUAUUCUUAUUCUACAUAUGCCACUGACUCAGAUAAACCUAUCCCUGCUGUUGUAGGACCUGUUUGCCAUAAUGCUGAACCUGUCCUUCUUGAGAAUGAGUCAAAUAUCUCUUUACCUCAAUCAGUUCUGUCAAGAGUGCACACCACCAUUAACUCCACUAAAACUGCCACCUUUGACCUUAUUGGUCUCUCAGACCCCGUUAUACCUGACCCUUCCUGGAGAGGUCUGUCUAAAAAUAUGACUUAUUCAGAUAUGGCAACCCUGAGUGAAAUAUCAGCACAAGAACGUAUAAAUCAGGAAAUAGACCAAGCUAAAUCAACCAGCUCUCAUGAAAUUGUCCAUUCUUCCUCAGAUUUCCCACACCAUGUUAUUUUCAGCCCUGGUGUCUCCACCUCUGAAGCCAUAUCUACCAGCAUAAUUCAUCCUUCCUCUUACUCAGAAAUUUCCCAUCAGCUGGUCAGAUCUGUAGCCCCAGAGGUAGAGCUAGACAAACAACUGAAAAUAAUCAAAACAUAUGAAGUUUGUGAGGAAGAUCAGCCAUAUGUUACAGAAGUCAAUUUUGUAAAUGAUGAGAAGGCACCUUCAUUAGAACAAUCAAAGAAUCAUGAGUUGUUUGGCCAGGGCGAAACAGCAGCAGGAUGUAUGACCAAAUUAAAUGACCCGCAGAUGUUUGUCAAAGAGAAAUAUGGACCAGAAGAAGAGGAAAAAAAUGGACUAAAUGACAUUUACAACAAGGAUGAAACAGCAUCAAAAUGUACAACCACAGUAAAUGACUUGCAAAUGUUAGUAAAUGAGAAAUAUGCUUCAGAAGAGGAGGAAAGAAAUAGACUAGAUGAGUUUUACAAUAAAAAUUAUGAAGUUACAUCGAUUCAGGAAAAGGACAUUAAAUCAGAGCAAAGCAUGAGAAGAGAGAAGAGUAUUGAUGUUUUGGAGCUUAGAUGUGUCAUGGAUGAGAAAUCAAGAACAUGGAUGUCACAUGAAGCACAAGAGCAAAUGUUACUUCAUAAAGUUAUAGAAAACUAUGAGGGGGUUGAAGGAAAGAUGGAUGGAUUGCAGGUGGUUCAAAGCAUGAGGGAAGCAUCCAAAACACAAGGCGAAAUAGAACUGGAAGCAGAAUUAUGUGGCGACACUGAAGUGUUGACAGUUCAAGCAGAGCAGCAGAUUCCCUUUCUUGCUCCACUGAAACCAGCUCUACCAGUCAUUCGAGAAUGUGGCCCUGAAGAAUGCACUCUGGCCCCUCCUUCCUCUGAGCUAGUAAAGGUAUCGUUUGCAGAUUCAAGCAUGGUAACACUCAGUCACCUGGAGACUUGGCUCCACCCCUCAGCCCAGCACCAGUCUAGUGGAGAGAUAACACCACUAGAGGACACAUCAAGGAGCAAAUAUCAAAUAACUUGUGAUAAGUACCACGUUGAGACGAAGGAACAUAUACACAGCAAAGAGACUAAGGAAAUAGCCACAUUUUUUACAAGCAGACAGAACAGUGAAUGUCAAGAACCAAACAGUGCAGAGACUGAGAGCACAGUUUGGCAGUCCACUCUAGGCAUAGACAAGAUCUCCACAAUUUAUGCAGGAGAGGACUUUAUACACAGCAAAGACGCAAGCAACAAACAGGGGGAGGUCACAGUUACAAAGGUAAAGACAGCCACAGAUAACAUCAGCACCUUCACUCACAGAAACGUGGUACAAAUCAGUGAAACCACAGCAGAAGAUAGAAGAGAAGAGGAAGACGUUAUCACAUUCCCUGACCACCAGCUUGCAACACGUUUUAUACCAGGUGACAGAUUCCUUCAUGCAUCAACUGUUCUCAGUACAGUGAUUGAGGAGUCAGAAACUGAGACAGAAUCAGACAUAGACAUGAACUCUGCUGUUGCUGUGCUAAGCACGACCCUCAAUCGACCAUCAUCUACUGGGGAGAAUAGAGAAGAUGUCAUGAUGGUCCGCAAAGUGUCCAUGGUCAGGACCGAGAAUAACGGAAGCUCAGGGAACUAUGAAAGUCCAUUGGACAGCUUUGGGUUAAGAGAUCAGUCAGAGCAAACCAAAGCCAGCCCUGAGCUUCGACGGAGGUGGAAUAGUCUUCAUUCUAGCUCUGAAGAAAAGAAAUCCAGCUUCUUAGAGAGUUCAGACUAUAAACUCACGGACAGAACAUACCUGCAUUCCUCUCAACUGUCCCCAAGCUAUGAAACAACAGUCUACACUUCUCAUUUUCACUCUCCCGGGACACUGGAAACCCAGCCCACUGCUUUCUUCUCAGAGACUGCUGGUAGCCUUGGCAACAGUAGCUGGAAAGUCAGAGAGAGCGAAGUUCAAAUAAGCAGUGAGAGUAAUAGCAGUGGGAGGAGCGGGGUGGAGCAUAGUACACCUGCCAGAGUGAGAGAGGGAGAGAGAGAGCAGAUUAGAAAAGAAAGCUUUGACUCACAGGCAAGUUUAGAUACCAGCUUGAUCAUCAAUGAGACAGAUGAGUCUUUCACAGGAGUGUACCUAGCGACACGGGUAGAGCUGCCUUCCUCUCCCGAUACCCCUGACACACCUUCUACCUCCUCUCUUUCUGAAAUUGAUAGCCUUGUUGACACACUCAAGAGUAUGGAUCGACCGAUCCGGCAAAGGGUUCAACGCACCCCAUCCAAUACGCCCUUCUCUUCACUGCCACCUAUCGAAGAGGAUACGCCAAUCUCAUCCCCAACUCCAGUGUCCGCAAUUACUGAGCCAAAGAAGAUCUUGAAUGGAGUAUCCAAUUUGCCUCCAGACAUCGGUCUCAACUGGAGUUCCCCCAAGGACAUGCGCUCUCCUUUGACCAUGAUGAAAGAGCAGCAGUCUGGAGACAGUCCGAGUCGUGGGCUUACCUUGCCCCUGCGAGCUUCGGCCCUGAGUAGCAUUGUCAUGCGCAGGAGCUCCCUCAAUGACCCGAGCACUGAAGAGGGAUCUACAACAGGGCUUGUCAAUGGAGGUGGACUUCUCAGCCCAUCUCGCCUGGAAAACAGCCUCCUCUUCCAGCCAACCGAGAAUGGCAAGACCUCAAAUCGCUCCAUUUUCCGUGCAACCUCUCUCCCUGAUAUUGGCAACAGCUAUGACCGUAUCAGCUCAGCCCCCAAAGGAACAGAUGCUCUUCUUGGGCCCCGUUUCGAGCGCUUCUCAUACCUCACAUCUCCAUCGAGUUCUCUGAGUGGGAUUGCUGAAACAUCUCGAAAAAGCAUGCCUCCCUCAAUGCAACAAAACUCUGGAACAGAGACCUCCAGCUUCAACCACAAACCCUCACUGGAACUUUAUCGCUUUAUGUCCUCUGAAUCUCUCCUCAAGAACUCUCAACCUCCAGGUCUUCAACGAAGCAGUAGUGUUGAUGUAGGUUUCCUAAUGAACGAUACCAAACCCUUCCAAAUGAAUCAAAAGCAGGAGCCAGAGCAAAAUGUAGCUCUUAAGUACAGAGCCUUCCCUGAUGCAUAUCUCACGAAAGAGAAGGAGCAUGGCAAGCUCAAUCCACGGCCUGGAAAGAUGUUAAUAUAUGACCAGCCUGGACUGACCGGCCAGAGCAUUGAAGUGCGUGGUGAUGUUGUGGAUGCUACACCAUGGGAGUUUACAGAUAUCAUUUCAAUCAGAGUGAUUAGAGGAGGUUGGGUGUUGUAUGAGAAACCAGACUUCAAAGGGGAAAAGAUAGCUCUGGAUGAGGGGGACAUAGAGCUGUCAAACCCAUUCAAACUGCCAGAUGAAGAAGAGGUUCAUGAGCAGAAUGGAACAGCACAGGAUAAUGGAGAAGAGGACCAAGAGUCCAAGCCACUACCAAAGAGGAAGUCCGUCAUUGGAUCCAUACGGCGAGCAGUGAGGGAUUACAGUGUUCCAGAAAUAAGUCUUUUCCCAGAGGAGAAUGCAGAUGGUAAAAAGAUCACGUUCAGAGACACAUCAGAUGAUGCCAGAAUCUUCGGCUUUCCAAUCAAAGCAAACUCCAUCAUCGUCAAUGCUGGACUCUGGUUGGUGUUUGCGGAACCCUUCUUUCAGGGCGUCCCACGAGUGCUUGAAGUUGGGGGGUUUCCCAACCCUGCUGCCUGGGGAGUCACACACCCGUAUGUGAGCUCCCUGCACCCACUCAAAAUAGGGGAACCUAAAGUGGAAAACCUCUAUGAGCCAAAAAUUGUGAUCUAUGAAAAGCCUUAUUUCACUGGGAAAAGCAGAGAAAUCUACACCAGCAUGAAAGAUUUCAUGACAAGAGUAGAAAGACAACAAUCAUUGUUUAUGUACAGUGCUGGAUCCAUUAAAGUUAUUGGAGGAUGCUGGGUGGGCUAUGAGAAAGAGGGUUUCCGUGGUCACCAGUAUCUUUUGGAAGAGGGAGAUUACCAUGACUGGCGGGUGUGGGGAGCGGAUAACUCAGAGCUGCGCUCAGUCAGAGUCAUCCACGCUGACCUGUCUGAGCCCAUGCUGGUAUUAUUUGGGAGUCCUGAAGAGGAGAACGAGGGGGAGGAAGAACCCACAUUUGAGGUGAAGGAGGCGGUCACAGAUGUGGAGGUUUUCGGGUUCGGCAUCAACACCCGCUCCAUCCAUGUGCUGAGGGGAGCAUGGGUCGCCUACUCUCAUGUGGAUUUCUCCGGUAACCAAUAUAUCUUGGAGAAAGGCUUCUACAACAACUGUGGAGACUGGGGUUCGGGAGACAACCGCAUCUGCUCUUUACAGCCUAUUCUACCUGCACCUAGUGAAGGGCCCAUCUUCAGAAAUGAGGUGCUGCUCUAUUCAAAGGCGAACUUCCAGGGCACAUGUAGGGUGUGUCUUCAGAACCAGGGUUGUUUGCCUGAAAAUCUUAUAGUCAAGUCAUGCAGAGUGGUAGGAGGGAGUUGGGUGUUGUAUGAAAGAGACCGGUUCACAGGAAACCAGUAUGUUUUAUCUGAAGGGGAUUAUCCCAACCUGACCAGCAUGGGCUGUCAACCUGACUGCUAUAUUCGCUCUCUCAAAGCAGUUCCAAUGACCUUCUCAGUGCCAUCGAUCUCUCUCUUUGGACGAGAGUGCUUUGAAGGUCGGGAGGUCACUUUUGAUAUGCAGGUUCCCAACAUGCAGGAAGAAGGCUUUAAUACACAGUACUUCUCUGUCAAGGUCAACAGUGGAUGCUGGGUGUUAUGUGAACAUAGUAACUACAGGGGGCGCCAGUUCCUUUUGGAGCCUGUUGAAAUCACAAACUGGUACAAAUUCAGCUCACUCUCCAAUAUCGGCUCUCUGUAUCCAGUCAGACAAAAAAAAAGACUGUUCCGCAUAAGAAAUAAGGAGACUGGCCACUAUGUGUCAGUGCAGGGUGGGGUUGAGGACAUGAAGACAGGCCGCGUGGUCGUUUCAGAGCAGGUAGAGGGAAUGAGCGAUGUGUGGCUUUACCAGGACGGACUCAUUAAGAACAAGCUGGCUCAGUCCAUGAGUCUACAGGUGGUGGGUAAUGUUGACUCGGGUGCGAAAGUGGUGCUGUGGACUGAAUCACGUGUGCCAGCACAGACGUGGAGCGCUCAGGUCAGCGGCAAAAUCUCCAGUGUCAACUUCCCAGGAAUGGUGCUAGAUAUCAAAGGUGGUAAGACAUACGACAGACAACAUUUAGUGAUACAAAAGGAGAAUGAGGAGCAUGGGAGCCAGCAGUGGGAGUUGGAGUUUGUCUAACUCCGCCCCCUUUCCUCUUUACACUGACUCCACCCAUUCCUCCUGCCCUGACAAAUAAAAGCACUCUGUAAUCUGAUUUAAGACACUUGUAGGGGUGCCACUGAGUCGAUUUCAUGUACAUGCAGAGGAUGACCAGAGGAACUCAACAGAUUCGUUUUUCUUAUCUGUAAAGUCUAUUUAUGUGUAAUACACUGGGAUCAAAUACCACCUAUAAAAAUUCUAGUUUUUAUUUUAUUUUAUUUUUUUGUCCAAUGGUGGUGACUUAGGUCGGGGGUGUUAUUUGAACAUGGUUUUAAUGCAAGAGAUAAAGAUUAUUAUAACUGAGACAUACAACCCAUAGUUUCACUCUGCACAGUAAAGAUAGUGCUCACAGUUACCCUGGAUAAUGAUGGGAAGUGUAGCUAAAACAACCGUGAGAAUCUUUUUUUUUUUUAUCCUGUUUGUUUCCUUAUACCUCAUUUACAUCUAUUUGUUGAAUACACUGCAUUUGCAUUAGUGCCCACACUGUGGUCUUAGUUGUCAUAAAUAAUAUACAAUAUAUACAAUUAUCUAUGAAGCCAGUGACUUUUGAAGCUCAGAUAUGACCUUCAUUUCUAUUCAUUUUAUGUAUUUUAGUUUUUUUUUUAUUUACAUGAUAAUAUUUUUUUCCUGGACUUGCAUUAAACAUCUUGGGUGUAGUCUGGUAUACUAUAGUAUGAAUGUCUGCCAUUAGUUUAUAGCCUUUGCUACUGCUAAUGAUGGUUAUCCUGAUGAGUUUCUAUGAUAGGUUCGGUCUGUCAUUUUAUUUUUUAUACCAAAAAGUGUGAUGCCAGAGUCAAUGUCUUUUUGGAAAACCAAGAAACUUUAUUCUGUAACUUUAUUUUUCAAAUUUCAAUGUGAAAUAUUAUGUAACAGGGAGUGGCUUUAAUUUUGUAAUAAAACAAAGUAUAUAAUAUAUUAAUCAUACUGUAUAU